UUAUAGGUUAUUAGCUUGUAUAAGUUGUGAAAUGCAUUCAUAGUGUUUGGAUUUAGAAGAUAUUAUCUGGUUACUUUAUUUUUUCUCAAGGUUUUACUGAUGGAUUUCAGGCUCAUCCUGUUUGGGCUCACAGGCGUCCUGCUCAGUGUUGCCUGUGCCCAAAGCCAUCAGUACUACUUUGUGAACACUUCGCUUACGUGGACAGAAGCUCAGAGAGUCUGCAGACGGGACUACACUGAUCUGGCCACCAUUGAAAGCUCAGCUGAUGUUGAUGAUUUUUUAAGGACCACCUCCAAUAAUACAGGCAAGGCAUGGAUAGGUCUUUAUGAUGACAAAAUAAACAGCUGGAAAUGGUCCCUAAAUGACAGCAGCUUCUACGGUCCUGGAGAAUAUUCAUUUAGGGACUGGGAACCUGGCGAACCCAAUAAUUAUUAUGGACAACAGUAUUGUGUUAGAUUUUAUGGUACUGCUUAUAACUCUGUGGGCAGAUGGGAUGACAUUGGGUGCACGGAGACAAUACAAUUUGUGUGCUAUAAUGGUACAGUAGGUGGAUCACCAUCCUAUGUUUUGAGUAACAUUUCACUAAACUGGACAGAAGCUCAGAAAUUCUGCCGUACGAAUUAUGUUGACCUGGCCAGUGUACGGAAUCAGGCAGAAACUGAAAUCAUAAAAACCCUAAAGGGUACCAUCACUGUUUGGAUUGGACUGUAUCGGGAAAAGCUGUGGUCUGAUGGAAGCACCUCUCUGUUUCGAAACUGGGCGGCUGGCGAACCCAAUGAUGCCUCUGAGUGUGUUGCUGGAUCAUUUAGUGACUCUGGAAGAUGGUCGAAUGAAAAUUGCAGCCUGAGUUUGCCAUUCGUCUGCUACAAACCAAAACCUCAACCCUUCAGAGUAUUGACACAAGAUGAGACCAGCAUCACUCUGAUGUGGAACAAGAUAAACAACAGCACCAGCUUUGUUCUCCAGUUUAACGGCACAGAGACAAACAUCAGUGCACCAGAUGGAGAUGGACCAGUAACUUACACAGUCUCAUCUCUGACUGCUGGAACUAGAUACACAUUCACUCUUUUCUAUGUGUUUGAGAAUAUAAGAAACAGUCAAGGGCAACUGUCAGCUGUCACUGCUCCUACAAAUGCAGAAGGACUUACAAAGUCAGGACAAAAUGAGAGCAGCAUCACUCUGCAGUGGAAUAAAAUCAACAACAGCACCAACUUUGUAAUCCAGUAUGACGGCAGAGAGGCAAACAUCAGAACACCAGAUGGAGAUGGACCAGUGAUCCACACAGUUUCAUUUCUCACUCCUGGAACAAACUAUACAUUCACUCUCUUCUCUGUUCUUGACAACGUCAGAAGCAGUGGAGUCAGUAUUACUGCAGCUACUGCUUCUUGUACCGGCUGUCGAUGUUGUGCUUCAGGCACAGACUGCAUCACCACCAAUGGAGUUGUUGAAUGUCUUGACCCCUGUGACACCUACACUGUACUGAAUGAUACAUGGCGUUCAACAGAGAAUACAGACAAUUCAAUCUUACACUGUGACCAGGACAUUUCCAGGAGUGUUUGGUAUCGCUUUUAUUUGGGUCAGACCAAUGCCCAGAUACCAGAGAAAUAUGUAGCAGAACAAAGAUGUGGAACUUCUGCUUCUUUGUGGAUAAACGGCAAUCAUCCAGUCCAACUUAAUGAAAUUGUAACUCGCAAUCUGUUUGAUUCCUGGUGGGGUUACUCGUAUCGUUCCUCCUAUUUUGCCUCAAUCGCCAUCCAGAUCAAACUUUGUUCUGGAUACUACGUCUACAAACUUCAACAGCCGUUUGGAUGCUACAUGGCAUAUUGUGCAGAACCUCUCCCCUUCAGAGUAUUGACACAAGAUGAGACCAGCAUCACUCUGAUGUGGAACAAGAUGAACAUCACCAGCUUUGUUCUCCAGUAUAACGGCACAGAGACAAACAUCAGUGCACCAGAUGGAGAUGGACCAGUAACUUACACAGUCACAUCUCUGACUGCUGGAACUAGAUACACAUUCACUCUUUUCUAUGUGUUUGAGAAUAUAAGAAACAGUCAAGGGCAACUGUCAGCUGUCACUGCUCCUCGAAAUACAGAAGGAUUUACAGCUUCAGCACAAAAUGAGAGCAGCAUCACUCUGCAGUGGAAUAAAAUCAACAACAGCACCAGCUUUGUUCUCCAGUAUGACGUCAUAGAGACAAACAUCAGAGCACCAGAUGGAGAUGGACCAGUGAUCCACACAGUCUCUUUUCUCACUGCUGGAACUAGAUACACAUUCACUCUCUUCUCUGUUCUUGACAACGUCAGGAGCAGUGGAGUCAGUAUUACUGCAUUUACUGGCACAGACUGCAUCACCACCAAUGGAGUUGUUCAAUGCCUUGACCCCUGUGACACCUACACUGUACUGAACGAUGCAUGGCGUUCAACAGAGAAUACAGUUGACUACUAUUCAUCUCUGCACUGUGACCAGUACAUUUCCUGGAGUGGUUGGUAUCGCUUUUAUUUGGGUCAGACCAGCGCUCAGAUACCAGAGAAAUGUGUAGCAGAAAACAGAUGUGGAACUUCUGUUCCUAUGUGGAUAAACGGGACUCAUCCAGUCCAGCUUAAUGAAAUUGUAACUCGCACUGUGUUUGGUUCCUGGUAUGGUUCCUGCUUCUCUUUUGCCUCAAACGCCAUCCAGAUCAAACUUUGUUAUGGAUACUACGUCUACAAACUUCAGCACACGUCUGGAUGCAACAUGGCAUAUUGUGCAGAACCUCAACCCUUCAGAGUAUUGACACAAGAUGAGAGCAGCAUCACUCUACAGUGGAAUAAAGGAGACAACAUCACCAGUUUUGUUCUCCAGUUUAACGGCACAGAGACAAACAUCAGUGCACCAGAUGCAGAUGGACCAGUAAACCAUACAGUCUCAUCUCUGACUGCUGGAACCGAAUAUACAUUCACUCUUUUCUAUGUGUUUGAGAACGUAAGAAACAGUGGAGAGCAACUGUCAGCUGUCACUGCUCCUAGAAAUGCAGAAGGACUUAUGAAGUCAGGACAAGAUGAGAGCAGCAUCACUCUGCAGUGGAAUAAAAUCAACAACAGCACCAACUUUGUUCUCCAGUAUGACGGCAGAGAGACGCUCAUCAGAGCACCAGAUGGAGAUGGACCAGUGAUCCACACAGUCUCUUUUCUCACUGCUGGAACUAGAUACACAUUCACUCUCUUCUCUGUGAUUGAGAAUGUCAGAAGCAGUGGAGUCAGUAUUACUGCUGUCACUGUUCCUUCAAAUGCACAAAGCUUCAGACCAUGGUCACAAGAUGAGAGCAGCAUCAGUCUGCUAUGGGAAAAAUUCAACAACAUCAUCAGCUUUGUUUUCCAGUUUAACGGCACACAGACAUUGAUCAGAGCACCAGAUGGAUAUGGACCAGUAACUCACACCGUCUCUUUUCUCACUGCUGGAACUAAAUACACAUUCACUCUAAUUUCUGUGCUUGAAAAUUUUACCAGCAGUGGAAUCAGCAUUGCAGCAGCUACUGCACCUCAAAAUGCAGAAGGCUGGAGAGCAUCAGGACAAGAUGAGAGCAGCAUCACUCUGCAGUGGAAUAAAAUCAACGACAACACCAGCUUUGUUCUCCAGUAUGACGGCAGAGAGACGUUCAUCAUAGCACCAGAUGGAGAUGGACCAGUAACUCACACCAUCUCAUCUCUAGCUGCUGGAACCAGAUACUUAUUCAGUCUCUUCUCUGUGUUUGAGAACGUCAGAAGCAGUGGACAGCAACUUACUGCUGUCACUGCGCCAGAAAAUGCAAAAGGCUUCAGAGCAUCAGAACAAGAUGAGAGCAGCAUCACUCUGCGGUGGAAUAAAGUCGGCAGCAACAUCAACUUUGUUCUGCAGUUUAACGACACAGAGACAUUCAUCGGUGCACCAGAUGGAUAUGGACCAGUGACCUACACAGUCAGAUCUCUGACCCCUCGUACAAACUACACAUUCACUCUUUUCUCUGUGUUUGAAAAUGUCAGAAGCAGUGGAGUCAGCAUAUUUGAGGCUACUGGUCCAAAUUAUGUUUUUGGAUUGGAUUUGAAGUUGGAGCUUCUAGAAGAAAUGACAAAAUCAGAGAUGGAAGACGCUUUGAUAGAGCUCCUCAGAGAAAAUAAUCUGCCGCCACACAUUACUCUGAAAAUCAUUUCCUCCAAACCAUGAAAUCACCGAGGGAAUCAAAUUCUGGAUAAUUCAUCUGUAACAUUCUUUCCUUUCCAUGAGGUUUAUUUUAUGUACUAAUUUCAAUUGUAAUGUUGUUUUACAGAAUUGACUUCCCUUUGGGUAAUAUUUUAAUCUCUUUUUGUUGAUUAAGAACUGAGUUAAGGUUUUCUUGUAUUUUCAUAAAUCAUAUGUGUGCAUUCUUCUGUUUUUUGCCUCUAAAUAAGGUUUUUGGGAUCUAUAAAUUGUUUACGUAUUGAAAAAAAAAUCUUUUGGGGGACAUAUUGAAAUCUAGAUGCAAAACCUUGAAAAAACAUGAAGAAAAAAAACCUAGGUGUGUGAUGGUAUGCACACAUCUAGGUUGGCAAGCAAAACAAAGCAAAAGCAUAAAAAAGUAAAACUUUGUUCAGUGUGACUCCAUGUUGCUUCCCUGGUCAUUAAACGUUUAAAUACAGCUUUACAAUCAUAUAAAUGCAAAAAAUCAUCAUGGUAAUGGGGAGAAACAAAUGUUGUAAAUAGGUAUUGGGAAGAAUUAACUUGAAUAUAUGAAUAAACUAAACUUAUUUAGAUGAAAAUAGGAAAGAAUCAUUCCUCUCUCAAACUUUUUAAAAUGUAAUCUGUGGGUAAAUGGGGUGAAUUAGGGCUCAUAUCAAUUUUAUCAGAACAAGAAUCCAGAGAAACAACUCUACUAGUUUAUUAAUUAUGGACCACUUAUUCUUAAACAUGGGAAACUAAUAAGUAGCUCUUAUACUUUUUUUUCCUUUGAUUUAUUUGGUCUGUAUUUCUUUUUAAUUCAUGUAAAGCACUUUGAAUU